GACUAGUAAUAAACGCGCAGCGCAGAAACACAUGCGUAAACAAGGCUGCGUUUAUGCUUUUUUGGCUGUGGGUUCGGUUUCUGUAGAUACAUUUAUAGUCUUUAUUCCAUAUUAACGUCACUAAACAGCGUUUUAGCGCUAAAUUGAGCCAAAAUGGCGUCAACGGCGGUUCAGAGUGACAGUGACGACGGGAUGGACGAAUUCAUGGACAAAUUCAAGACGCAGAGAUAUAAAAAGGGCUUCAAUGAAGACACCUGGGAGGAGGAGUUCGAUAAAAUACCCAUGUUUAUGAAAGAAGCCCCUGAAAACAUCAACCCACGAGAAUACCCAGACCUAGCAUGUCUCCAGUCCAUGAUCCACGAUGAAGACCGACCUCCAGAAGAACAAGCAAAAAGCCUGAAAAAUGAAGGAAAUGCUUAUUUUAAGGAGAGGAGCUACAAACAGGCAGUCGUGUCUUACACAGCAGCGUUGAAGGUGAAAUGUGGGGAUGAGGAGCUCAGGGCUGUAAUUCUCACGAACCGAGCCGCUUCACACUUCCAUCUGGGUAACAUGCGCUCUGCACUGAAUGAUGCUGUAGCUGCAAAAAAGAUCAAACCAGACCACCUCAAAGCUUUGAUCAGAGGAGCUCAGUGCUGCAUAGAGCUGCGUAACUUUGCAGAGGCUGUCCAGUGGUGCGAUGAGGGAUUAAAGGUCCACCCCACUGACAAAAAGCUGCAGGAGCUGAGAGCAGCAGCAGAGAAACACAAAAGAACAGCAGAGAGAGAUGCCAGAAAAGCCAAGGCCAAAGAAAAGAAGUUACAUGGUGAGAAAGAAGCUCUUCUCGUUGCUAUAAAGGACCGAGGUAUAAAACUUCUGCCGCCUGCAGGGACACGUGUGCAUGGUUCAAACAGUGAUGAUGAGGAUGCUGGCUCUCCUGCAGCCAUCGCCCAGCUGAGUCUGGAUGGCCUGAGCUCCCAGGAGGUCACAGGGGCUCAGGUUUUCCUAGACCAGCAGGGCCUGCUGCAUUGGCCUGUUCUCUUUCUCUACCCUGAACAUCAGCAGACUGAUUUUAUCUCGGCCUUCUGCGAGAACACCUGUUUUAGAGACCACCUGACCGUCAUGUUUGGAGAAGAGCUUCCACCUUGGGACACAGACAGAAAAUACCACCCCCAGAAUCUGCAGCUCUACUUUGAGGAUGAGGUGAAACAGACUCUCUACCAAGUAGAUCCAGAUGCGUCCCUCUUGAGAGUCCUGCAGCAUAAAAGGUUUUUUGUCAAGGCGGGCACGCCCAGCUUCAUUGUUCUGGUGAAAGGCUCUUCGUUCUGGAAAACGUUUUUGUCAGAGAAGAAAAUACACAUUAGCUGAAAACACAAUUAAGUAUUUUUAAUGUCAAUAAAAUAAGAAAUCUGAACUCUAUGCUAUCUGCUCAGAUAUCAGAUGCUCUGGUGUGUUAAUAGACCAAUCAGGGAGUAUUGAUUAGAUACAAACCGGUGUGAUCUCAAACAAAAGCAAAAUAAAACUCAUUUAGAGUUUUAAAAGGGAACUUUUUUAUUCUGCUGAACAUUCAUGAUUAUGGGCAUGAUUUAAAUUAAUAACCCUUUUUCUUUAAAACCCUGAAGUACCCGACAAGAAAAGGACACCUGGCGAUACAUCUGUUAUGUUUCAGCCAAUUAAAACAUUUUCAAUAUGAA